AUGUAUGUUCCUCCUCAGACCUCAUCACCAGAAAUGUCAUCUACAUCUCCAAUGCUUCUGUUAGUUGGGUUCCUCCUCAGCCUAACAAACCUGAACUUGUCUGCUGGUGAAAAAUGGGUAGCCUUCAAAGCAAACCACAUCACCAGCUCCACGGUUGUCAACUGUGAUGUUGUCAUGGCAGGAGAAUGCAAGGAGGCGCAGAGCUAUAUCCACACCAAUGCCAGAAUCCUGGAGAACGUGUGCCAAUAUAUCACCGGAGGGAAAAAUAUCAGCAGAAGCAAAGAAUUCACUGUCAGCACCUGCGAAAAGCAACGGAACGCGAACGCGACUUGCAGCUACGGGGAAGCAAAAGUCCAAAAAGGGGCGAUAUGCUUAACCUGCAGGAACCGGAAACCAGUGGAAUUUGUUAAAAUGGGAAGCUGUUAG